UCUCUCUCUAUCUAAAACAGCGAUCUUAGAAGAAAAAGACAAAAUCUUUACCACCAGAUCCUCUGCUUCUUACAGGUUGUCACAUCACUCUAUAACUCAGCGAAACUUUCGGGGAAUAAAACUUUCCGGCUAAAUCCUCUCCCCGAACCUUCAUUUUUUAUAUUUUUUCUCCGAUGAGGUGUAAAAGACACACCGUCGAUUUUAGCAGCAACAACGGCGUAUGCGCUUCUUGCCUCCGUGAACGUCUCCUCUCCCUCGCCGCUUCCGCCGCCGCUACAGCCGCCGUGGAAGAUAAUCUCCGUCAAUCGCAUAAAUCCAGUAAUCCUCAGUUUCUGAUUUUCCCUCGUUCUGUUUCUCCUUACGUAACCCGUAGAAAAUCCGACGCCGGAGGAGCAGAUCCAUUAACCUCUAAUCGCCGAUUCUUCACCACGCCUCAGGUCGAUCUCGGCUAUUCAUGCAAGGAUUUCGAUUCGAAUCGAUCUUCUAAAUCCAAAGGGGGUAAAAUUUCCAGAAUCUCUAAUCUAUUCAGAGCCAGAUCUGAAGAUUUCGAUUCCAAUCCCAAAUCCAAUCCUAGAUCUUCCUGCGACGUGUCCGAGUCUUCUUCGUCUUCUUCGUGGUCAUGGAUGUCGUCGAUUCUCUCCACCGGUCGAUCCAAAAGGCAACCGACCACCGCGUGCUACAUCGAAGACGUAAUCCCCGGUCGUAGACCUCAACGAGUUUUCUGUCGAGGAAUGUCGCCUGCGAGAGAUACGGAGUUGGAGUACAAAAACGAGCCACCAUCGGAAUCAAUUGAGGAAACGCCGGGGAGAUCGCGAAGAACCCCGGCGACGAAAACUCCGGGAAGGAGGAAGAUUGCGAACGGGAUUGGGAAGAGCAUGUCGGGGAUGGGCUUCUGUUUGAGUCCGUUGGUGAGAGCUAGCCCUAACUGUCCUUUUAAACGGAAAAUCAGAUUUCCAUCGGAAUUCGUCGGUAACGCCGGCGAGAUAACGGCGCCGGAAAAACCACAUAUCUCAGCAGCGGCGUCGUUUUGCGCAAACAGGUCGAAGAAGCUCGUGGAUUUAGGUAGAGUUAAUCCCCGCCGUUGAGUUUUUGGUGGGAAGUCUGGUCAACGUUUGACUACCGCACACGUAAAUUACGUCCGUAUCCUCGUCACUCCUAAAGAUGGAUUUUUCUCAAAAUCAAGUUUUUUUUUUAUUUGGCUUGAAGGUGUUAAAUCAGAAUGAACAAAGUGUUAAAAAAAAAUUAAAAUUACUAUUGGUUU